UUGUAAAAUCUGCCGAGUCAGCAUCAAUAUUAUCUUCAUCCACUCUGGUUGCCAUGACACCUUGCGAGAGAGGGCGUAAAAAGGAUCAGAUCUACGGCAAGAGGAAUAACUGAAGUCUCUUACUGCCAAUGAUGCUGGUAGAUGGGGUACCAGUGUGCUCCUUCAGUGAAGAUGCCGGAAGCACCCUGAGGAGCUCCACUCUAGCAGCAACAGUACCCUCCCCCACUGCCAUCAGGUCCAUAUGAGGUCGGUGUACCAUGUGGAUGCAGUGAUUUGACCAGCCACCUGGAAAGUUCCCGUAUAUGAAAACCUGCAGCCUGGCGCCAGCGAUGGCGAUGCGGGAGGUGACGGUGGCUUGCUCCGAGACGGCUGACCUGCCGUGCCCAGCGCCUUGGGACCCGCAGCUCUCUUACGAGGUAUCCUGGGCCAAGCUCUCAGAGGGUGGCAACGAGAGGCUGGAGCUCCCCCAGAGCAGGCAAAACGACUCCUUCGAGGAUCCCAGGACAAGGUCUUACUCCCUGACGAUCCAGAACACUACUGUCUGCAGCUCUGGUAUCUACAGGUGUGCCCUGCAGGAGCUGGGAGGGCAGCGCAACUUCAGUGGCACUGUGGCUUUGAAAGUGACAGGAUGCCCCAAGGAAGCUGCAGAAUCUCUUUUCCGGAAGUACAGGGCUGAAGCUGUGCUGCUCUUCUCUCUGGUCAUUUUCUACCUGACGCUCAUCAUUUUCACUUGUAAGUUUGCACGACUACAGAGUAUCUUUCCAGAUAUUUCUAAACCUGGUUCGGAACAAGCUUUUCUUCCAGUCACCUCCCCAAGCAAGCAUUCGGGGCCAGUGACCCUUCCCAAGACAGAAACAGUAUGAGUAGGGUCUUUGCUGGUUUUUACAAAGCCAAGCACAUACCAGAUCAGUGUGCCUGAAUGCUGCCUGGACAAGAGAAGAAUGAGCCCCACCCUCAGAUGGCAACCUUCCUCCGAAGUCCUUAACCUGACAGUGGGUUCCACACUACUUCCUGCCACGGGGUCUUGAGCACCAUCACAUGAUCAUGAAGCAUGGGGCCAUCACUGCUUCUCUAUGGCUGUCAGCUUAGUGUUUCAUGCAGCUAUCUGGUCAACCUCUUCUAUGCUUUUCCAGUCAUGUAAAAGCUAUGGUGAGACGCAGGUGGAGCAAGGACAUGGGAAAUUUGAACACUCUGAGCUAGUCUUGUGACAGACUCCCAAGGACAGCUGUCCUCGUCCACAUCUGGGAUACAGCUCUUUGAAUUUGUCCUGUUUGGUUGCACCAGUCCAGAUGUCUCAUAUCUGGCAGAAGUUGACAGGCCAAACUGUGAGCCAGCGGGAAAGAUUUAGCAAAUAAUUUCCCAGUGCGAAGGUCUUGCUAUUAGUAAGGAGAAUUAUGUGUACAUAAAAGUGAGAGGUCAGUGAACUGUUCCUCAGCAGGGCCUUUUCAUCUGGGAAAGACAUCCAUAAAGUGGCGAUACAGAGGGAAGCCACAUUUAUUUUUUUUAAUCUACAUGUACUUGUAAGAGAAGAAUUUUCAUGUUUUUCAAAGAAGUUACUUUUCUUUAAAAAAAAAUGAUUGUCUAGUUGGACAGCAUUGCUAGCUGGCAAGCAGUCUGAGUGAAUAUGCAGAGUGUCCCUCAGAGUAGGGACAACAAGUUAGAAGCACCGUACAGUGUCCUGCUGCAAAGUGUGGACCAUGGACUGUGCUACCCAAAGUCUGGUCACAAUUGUCCAAGCCUGCCUGUAUGAUCCUGGAUGAAUCACUUGUGGCUUUCACUUUCUGGCUUGUAAACCAGAUGGUUUUUGUCUGGGUUGACUAAAAUGGGUGCAGAAAUGCAUCAGGAAAGCUCAAGAUACUGUACGCAGUGGCAACCCCACUGGGCUGUUAUUCUUGUUGAUAUCCUAGAGUUCGGGAGGUAGAGAACGCUGAUCGUGUCUCACCUUUCCCAUCAAAUCCAAAGGAAGCUAUAAAGAGGAUGGAACGUUACCAUGUCUUCCGUGUGAACUCUUCCUGAGAAUGUGGAGACCGGCUCUGCGUUUUGUUCUUGAAGGACCAAUCACAAGUCCUUGAAGAUAUGGACCUACGGGACCCACUGGGCCAUGGCAGGAGGGAGUUCUCAGAUGUUGCACUGAUGUGACAUUGUCGCGUUUCUUUAAUGAACUUGUCCCCUUCCUCACUUGCCUCCCCAAAGAAAUGUUGUCCCUUUGGUAAUGUGCGCAUCACCCACACUAACAUGAGAGUGAAAAGCAGUGUUGAGCUGACCCAGUGUUUGCCUCUUCCUCGCCACUUUCAUGCUAUUAAAGGCGUGCAUGUGAGAAGAGUGUUCUCUUCUGUCUUUAUAAUGAUGCAGACUUUGGGAUGUGUGCUUGAAUGCUGAUUGGGGAAUAAGAAUGUGGAAAUGGUACUGGAAAAGGUCAGGCUGAUUUCCUGAGUCUGGGGCAGCAAUGGGGGACAGAGGCAUAUGGCUGGCAGACCUCUGUGACCUGGCAUUCCUUCUUCCAAAGUCUACCUAUCCAUCCUGGAGCUGCAUCCCUACCAGCUAAUACAAGGUUAGCUUACCCACCUAUGUGGCCAUGGUGGAGGGAGGGACCGGAAGGGAGGAUCUUCUAAAUGAUGUGUGAAACUGGGGGCCCUCAUCUUGGGAUUCUUUGGGUUUUAUCUGAGGUUUUCAAAUAGACACCUAGCCCUAAGCUGUCAGGAAAGAGUUAUACAAAGUGCUGGUGGUGGCUGUAAAUGCAUCAUGGGGAGAGGCUCUUUGUCCAGAUGAAUACAUACUAAGUAUCUGUCAAAGUUGUAGAACCACUUGGAAUGGAUUCAGGUCUGUUGUCCAGUGCUUUCCAAAAGCACAAGGCAACUUUGUAUCACAUCAAGAGACUCAGGCCUCUCAUCCACCUAAAGCUAUGCCACCUCAAUCAGGAGAUUUAGAACUGUUAUUGUUCUGAGGACUGAGCGAGGUGUCCAUGGAGGGGCUCGGUGUCUAGCAAUGUUCAGAUGAUAGGAAAACAAGAAAGGAGGAAAGGGGAGGAGAAGAAAGGCCAGUGCCCACAAAUUUAUGGCAAGCUCGUUUUAUUAAAAGGAGUAAAUUGUCUUGCUGGCUGUUGCAUGCUGCCUUCUGAGAAUUAACACACAGUGAAAUAAACUCUCCAUAGUCAUGAGAGCUGUUGUGUGGAGACCAGAGAGGAGGGUUGCCCUUGUUGCUUUAGAUAGACCUAACUAGAAACAUUAUUAAAAUUUGAUAGCAGGUUGGCUCCAGUGUUUCAUGC